AUGUCUGAUAGAGAAUUUGGAGGCAACGAUGAUCUCUCACUUCCGAAAGCUAACGUCAUCCUCUUCCCGACAGCCACGGUACAAAAAAUAAUAACAGAAAUCCUACCGCCUUCCUCUGGACAGACCUUUGCGAAAGAUGCCCGAGACUUGCUCAUAGAAUGCUGCGUUGAGUUCAUAACGCUGAUAUCAUCCGAGGCAAACGAGAUCAGUGAGAAGGAGGCAAAGAAGACAAUCGCCUGUGAACAUAUCGAAAAGGCGCUUACCGACCUGGGGUUUGGGGACUAUGUUCCGGAUGUCCUUGCCAUCGCCGAAGAGCAUAAAGAACAGCUAAAGACUCGAGAGAAGCGGACAAACAAGAUCGACCAGAGCGGCAUGUCGCAUGAAGAGCUGCUGCAGCUUCAGCAAGAGCUGUUCCGCUCGGCAGGGGAGAAAUAUAACUCAGGGAGCUGA